AUGAAGAACUUUUUUCUUGUGCUUUCUAGAGACAAGGCUACUUCUUUGGCAAAUCUAGAAGCAUCGGAAACUCAACAUCCAAGUAAGAGUAUUAAAGUCGUUGAUUAUGAAUUGUUGGAAACUGAUUCGGGAAUUAGGCCUCUAAUUUUAAGCUAUCAUCCUGACAUCCAAAAUGAGGUAAGGAAAGCUUAUUUAAAUAUAGGUCGUCAUCAAGCUCCUCAAAAUUUCGUUUACCCUUGGUCUGCUCAAGGUAAACAAAGACGUCGAUUUUGA